AAUCUCCACACACACAUCUGUGUUUUCAGAUCAUGUCAACCUCUUUGCUGGUACCCCAUGUUUCUACUCUUCUAAUAUCAAAACCCCUCCCUUUUAGACACCAAAAAAACCUGCUUAUGCAGUGCUAGCUGCACAUGAUUAACCGCUUAGACUAUACUAUUUGAUGGUGGCACUCAUCUGUUCUGCCUGAAUUUUGGAAUAUCAUCGUGAUUUACCGCUAGGGUUAUUUCUGUCCCAUGUGGGGGGACCCUGGCUGUGAAUUUACACUAGGGAUUGUCUUUACAUGAAUUCCUUACGGUUAGGGUUUUCAAUUGGAGGUAUUGUCUAUAUAUAGUUAUGGAUAAAGAAGAAAACUACUCGGCGGCGUUGCCGGCGAGUUUUACUGGCCUGGAUUAUACUCUAAAUCAGCAACAACAGCAGGAACAGCUCAUGAAGCCUCGAAUCGGUGAAAGUUCUGAUGAUAAUAACCAUGGAGUGGUGGAUUACAUGUUGAGUAAUCCUCAACAUCAACAGCUAACGUCAUCAGGGUUUUGCAGUUCUUCUUUCGAUAAACUAAGCUUUGCUGAUGUGAUGCAAUUUGCAGAUUUUGGCCCCAAGUUGGCCUUAAAUCAGACCAAGGUUUCUGAAGAAGAAACUGGGAUCGAUCCCGUUUACUUCCUUAAGUUUCCGGUUUUGAACGAUAAGUUGCAGGAUCAUGAUUCUCUUAUGGUUCCUCAACCUGUCGUAGGAGGCGAAGAGAGGUAUGACGAUGCGAGAAUUGUGGAAGAAAUUGGGGAAGGUGAGGAUGAAGAAGAAAAUACCUCGGUGCAACUCCAGUUUCUGGGCGAAAAUCUGCAGAAAAACACAGUAAUGGAUGCCAAAAACAAACGAAAGAGACCAAGGACCAUCAAGACAAGCGAAGAAGUUGAAAGCCAGCGGAUGACUCAUAUCGCAGUAGAAAGAAACAGAAGGAAGCAAAUGAAUGAGCAUCUUCGAGUCUUGAGGUCUCUCAUGCCCAGCUCAUACGUACAAAGGGGAGAUCAAGCAUCCAUUAUUGGUGGAGCAAUCGAGUUUGUUCGAGAGUUGGAGCAGCUUCUCCAAUGCUUGGAAUCUCAGAAGCGGCGAAGGCUAUUCGGGGAUGCCCCCAGACAGAUGGGAGAUUCAUCAUCGCUUGCAAUCCAACAGCCACAACAACCGCCAUUCUUUCCUCCUUUGCCUCUCCCCAAUGAUCAAAUCAAUUUUGGUACCGGACUGCGAGAGGAAACAGCUGAGAACAAGUCUUGCUUGGCCGACGUAGAAGUGAGACUGUUAGGGUUUGAUGCCAUGAUCAAGAUCCUCUCUAGACGAAGGCCAGGCCAACUCAUUAAGACCAUUGCAGCCCUAGAAGACUUGCAGCUCAACAUCCUCCACACCAACAUCACUACCAUCGAACAAACUGUCCUUUAUUCCUUCAACGUCAAGAUUGCCAGCGAGUCCAGAUUCACCGCGGAAGACAUAGCGAGCUCCGUUCAACAGAUCCUCAGUUUUAUUCAUGCAAACAGCAGCAUAUGAAUUUAGUUUUGUUGAAGAAAGAUGGUCUGCAAUCUGCAGAGACCCAUUUGGAUCUUCACACCGCCUUCUUUUUUUUUUCUUUUUUUUUUUUUCUCUUGUUGGGUGUUCGUUUACUUUCUAUGUAAAACCAAAUAUACGAUUGCUACCAUGGUAUGAAUUCUGAGGAAGUCCAAACAUAUCAUAUGCCAUUUCUCUGUCGCAUGCUUGUGGGGUUGUCUUAAUUUUCUUUGUUUUUGUGUGGAGAGCAAGGGGUUGCUUGUGAAAAGGACUGGAGGAGGAAGGGGCCUCUGCAGCGUUGAUAGAUUGAUAUUGAAUGUGAUGGAUUGCAUGUACAUGAGUUGGAAGGUCAACGAGGGCCAUGGGGUUGACCUGUCAGAAAAGAGUCCUUGGAAGUAUUAGACGGUUGCCAUGCUUUUGCAGGGUCGCUCGUCCUUUGGAUUUGGGAUUGCUCAUCAUGCACCCACCUCUCUUUUUGUGUUUUUUUGGGUCAGGCCACCCUCUGCUUAGUUUUAUAUGUCUUCUUCUGAUUCAUGUA